AUGAGUCAAGUAAACUUUGAAUCAUGUGCAAGAAGAUGCUUUGAAUUUCAAACCAAUAGUGAUUAUCAACAACUUUUAACCUUUGUACAAGAGAUUAGAGACAAUAUAGAGGUCAUUCAUACAGGUGAAUAUGGUCACUUUCUUCAAUACCUCUUUCCUGUCUUUUACAAUAUACUUAGAAACUUAAAUGUUGCAAUACUUGAUAGUCAAUCAACAGAACACAAGAUUAGAAAUACGAUAUUGGAGAUAUUGAAUAAACUACCAAACAAUGAAUUGUUGAAACCACAUGUACAGAAUCUAUUGCAACUGUGCAUGUACUUGUUAGAGGUGGAUAAUGAAGACAAUGCAAUCAUCUGUCUACGUAUCAUCAUGGAGCUGCACAAGAACUAUCGACCUAACCUCGAGUCAGAGGUGCAGCCAUUUCUCAAUAUAGUGCAAAAGAUUUAUACUGAUUUGCCGGGUACGGUCGAUCGCGUGUUUAGACAACCUCCAGCCACGACAGCAACUGCGACAACUGCUCCCGUGGGUGGCAGCUCAACACCAACCAUCGUGUCACCAACAGCUACUGCACAGCAAUCAACUACUCCACCAAUAACAACAACAUCGACGACAUCGACGACAACGCCGGCGGCAGCGGUGCCUGGAGCAGCAGCGGCGGCGGCAGCAGCAGCAGCAGCAUCUGCAGCGACACCCACCACACCUUUGAUGACAUUGUCAAUGCAGUCAUUCAAGGUGUUGUCAGAGUGUCCUAUUAUAGUGGUUCUAUUGUUCCAGUUGUAUCCGUCCUGUGUCAAUGCCAAUUUUAUCCCACGUAAACAGGAUCUCGAGGGUAAAGCACGUUCCAUCGUCUACAAAAUCUUUGAUUCGCUCAUCAACAAGUUUGUGUCGCUCAAGAAGCAGAUCCCACGUAUUCUCACAGCUGCCGCCACCGACGCCAACAAAAAAGAUGAUGACGGGCAGCAACAGCAGCAACCAUCUGCAGCCGACCAGCAAAUGGGCCAGACGACCACUGACCCCGUCAAGGAGUGUCGUGGGCUGAUCCGUGUUAUCAUUGUGGGUGUGCGUAACAUUGUGUGGGCGUUGGGUGCCUGUCCUCCAUUUAGACAGAUUCCCCUGGGUGGCGGACAGACCCAGACCAUUAGAUUGGCCAUUCCAGCGGUUGACGAGUCGCUAAUGCACAUCAAGAUGUUUAAAAACGUCAUCAAGUGUCUACCCAUCUAUGGCGGUGCCACACCAUCCAUGUCUGAGGAAAAGGAGAUUGUCGACCACUUUACCACCUCGUUGACCAUGCUCGACUACCGUUCAUUCCAAGAACUCUUUAUAUCAGUCAUGCCAUUCCUCUACGAACGAUCAGCCGAUGACCAAACACUCCUCCUCAUCUCUCAAGGUCUUUUAAACCACCAAACUCCCCAAACCCCUCCAGUCAAUUAUUGCAAUCCAACUAAAACCUAUUCAGAAAUAUUUGCUCCAUUUUUAAAUGAGAAAUUACUAAAUUUAACACCACAAGAUAAACCAGACUUGAAUUUAAUUAGAAUGUUAAAAUUAUUGUUUGGUAGUGUACAUAGCAUAGAGGUAGAGUCGGCCGUCCAACCGAUUCUAUCUAGUAUCAUCAUGACAACUAUAAAGUUGGCAGUAGAAUCCAAACAACAAGACGCAACCCAUUAUUUCCAUUUGUUGCGUGUCAUUUUUAGAAGUUGUACCAAACCCGAAUUCACCAAAGACAUUACUAUUUUAUUCCCGGGUAUUUUAGAGACACUCAAUGAUCUCUUGCAGAGCAGCUAUCCACUCGACAUGAUGCAGUUGUUUGUCGAGUUGGCGUUGACUAUCCCUGUGCGUAUCACCUCGUCGAUGCCUUGUAUACACUUGCUCGUACGUCCACUUAUUUUGGCGUUGCAGUCGACUAGCACCGACCUGUUGACCACAGCAUUCAAGACACUCGAGUUCUUUGUCGACCAUGUGUCGGGCGACUAUCUAUUGGGUGUAUUUAAAGAAAACAAAACAGAGUUUCUCCAAACCAUCUGGGCACAUCUUCGUCCAACUCCCUAUUUCUUUGGACCACAUGCUGUACGAGUGUUGGGCAAGAUGGCUGGAAAGAGUAGAUCCAUUACUGUCCUCUCUUCGACACCACUCACUCCUGACCCAUCCACCAAUGCCGAUAUUGUCCGAUUCCUCCUACCGUAUGACAGUUCGGGACAACAAUCGACUAGCUCUACCCAAACCCUCUCAGUUCCAUUUGACAAGGUCAUUGACACUUCUCGAACCAUCUUAUCAACGUCGACAGACUCUGCACUACAACUCAACACUUUUAAUGUAUUGAAAUCAAUCAUGUCUGUCUACCUCUCCACCGACAAGUCAUCGGCCACCCUCUCUGAUAAAUCAAUCAUUCAAACGAGUGUCGAAGAAUCACUCUUACGAUUCCAAAAGAGUGGACAAGUCAUCCACUUUAAUAGAAUCGAAUCAACAGAAUCCACAUCAACCUCUUCAACCACUGCCAUCUCCCUCUCUCCAAGUGGAUCACCCUUACAAUUAAAUGUUGGAGCAUUACAUCUUUCAAGUCAACAACCAUUCAAAACUUUGGAAGAAUAUAAUGAAGAAGUUAGAUUAUUUAAAAAUCUUCUAACUAGUUUUUUUAUUUCUACUACUAUUGAAACUUUAAAGAAUGAAAGUAAAGAAUAUCUUGGUAAAUUAAUAUUCCACUUUUUAUUAAUAAUUGGUGUCAAAGGAUUAGAUUAUCAAGUCACACCUUCAUUUGAAUUGGAUCCAAAGUUAUUCUUGGAUUCACUUGUUGAUUUUGUUUGUCUAAAACCAAAUGAAACAAAGUCACCCAUUACAACAGAAGAUUGUCAUCAAAUAUUGGAUAUCGCAAUUAAAUCAUCUUAUCAAAUUUAUUCAACUAUUAAUCCUAAAGAUGAAAUGAAUCCAAUUGUUAAAUAUUUAUUUGAAUCAUUUAUUAAUAGAUGUUAUCAAUAUCAAUAUGGUAACAAGAAUGGAGGAUGUAUAGGGUUACAAUAUUUUGUUAAUAAUUCAACAGAGUAUAAAUGGAUUUGUAAUCAUGAAACGACUAUACUCAAGGCAUUGCUUUUUGUUGCCGACGAUGUUUCAUAUAUGCAAUUCCAACCACUCAUUGAUUCAUCAUCAGAGGCAAUACUUGCUUUAUUAAAGUGUUGUACUCCAGUUUUAGAUAUUCCACAACCACCAACAACAACAACAGAAUCAACAACAGCAAUGGAUAUUGAAAAACCAACAGUCAAAACUGAAGAAACAGGAGAACAAUCACAAUCAUCAACCACUACAACAUCAGUUUCAUCUCCAACUACUUCAGAAGCUCCUUCAACAGGUAGUGAGAAUCCAGUACCUACUGCUGCUGCCGCUGUUGUUGUACCACCACCAACUACGACUACACCAGUUGUACCACCACCAGUUGCAACUCCAGCAUCAACUAUUGUUGUGGUACCAAGUAUUGCAUUACCUCCACCUCCAGGUCCAUUAAAACCAUCUGCACGUCCAUCACAAAUCAUCGAUGACAAACAAAGAGGUAUAUUCAAAGAGGUCGUUGAAACGUUGUUCAGAUUCUUGUUUUCAGCACAGACACAUACACGAAAAAUUGUACAAAAAGCAAUUUCAUUGGUAUCGGAACAAUCCCACAUUGCAAUUCAUUAUCUAUUGGACGAUGUUAGACAAUUCUUUAUGCAGGUGAUUCCAAAGUCAUUAAAGACAUUGUCGUUCCAAGCACAGACUGGUGUGUUGGAGGCAUUAACAUUCUGUCUCUCCCAACCCAUGUCAAUGAUCCCCUUUACAUCAGAUGCGAUUCGUGUGUUGGACGAUUGUUGUGUCGCGAGUAGCGAAGAACCUUCUCAUCAGAUAAAGGCAAAUUCUCAAAAGAGUAUGGCGAUUAUCACGGCGUUGAGACUGGCCGGUGUGGAAAUGUCGGCGACUGCCAUGUCGUGUCACGAGUUUAUUCAGAGUGAUCCGACCGACCUUAUCAACCGUAUGGUCAAGAUCUUCUUCAAGGCCAUUACCACCCGUAACAAAGAGAUUGCCGUGGUGGCCAAACGCGGGCUCUAUCUGGCAAUCGCCAACCAAAAGUUGGUCAAGGAUUUGUUACAACCGUGUUUGCGUCCAGUACUCGCCAAUGUGACCGAUCCCAAGAGUCUGUCGGUGCCAUUCUUGCAGGGUUUGUCUCGUCUCCUCGAGUUGCUCAGCAACUGUUUCAACCAGGCACUCGGUGAGAAGCUGUCCGAGUACCUCAAACGUUUUGAAGAGAGCGGCAAGCUGUCGCAACAGACCAACCGUGUACGUGAGAAUGAAGUGGUCAAGAUCAGCGCUGCCAUCAUCGACACGUUCCAUCUCCUCCCCACCGCACCACAGCUGCUCGAAGCAACCGUGCAGACGACUCUCAAGUUUGAGCAGUUGCUCGGUAAAGAGGUCAACAGCCCGUACCGCACACCUCUUAUUCGUUUCCUCGCCAAGUAUCCCACUCGUGCCGUCGAGAUCUUCCUCUCACAGCCCGCCCAAUGGACCAAUGUCUACGCAUCCACCUUUAGACUAAUUCUCAAGAACCCAUUGGCCAAACCCAUCAUCGAAGAGCUGGCCAACAAGUACGACCGUAUUGGAUGGGUCGACGCGAUGACCCGCACACCCGAACUCAACUUCCAAGGUCUAUCUAUUCUCAGCACGGUCGUGCGAUCGUUGCCAGAGUGGUUGCCAACCGUUCGUGUGGGAGUUAUUGAUAAAUUGAUAGAGUUGUGGACCAAUCCUACUAGAAUUGCUCAAAUCCAAGCAGUAUGUGGUAUUCAACCACAACAACAACAAGCUACCACUCCCAUACCAACUACUCCAACUACCACUUCUGUAUCAACUCCAGUUCAAAAUGCUCAGCAGAUUACAACUACUCCACCAACUGGAGGAGCUAUCACUCCCGCUGGAACAGUAGCUGAACAACCUUCCCUUCCAUCUCCAACCAAUAUUGUUUCAGUCAACACUCCAAUGAACAUUCCUUCUCCAUCACCAACUAUACUCAAAGAAACAAAGAUUAUUGUUAAAUGUUUCUUGGCGUAUUGUCGUGCUCAUCCAGGUGAGACUGAACUACUGUUCCAUCUAUUGACAGUGUUUACUAUUCGUUCGUCGAUGGACUUUUCGUUUGUCAAGGAUUUCUAUACACUUGAAGUGGCGGAAAAGACAACAGUCGAGCAAAAACGAAACAUUUUGGUUGCUUUUCUAGAUUUCUUUAGAAACACACAAAAUACCGAACUCAAGGUACAAGCCAUUCAAAAUAUUAUUGUUCCUAUCCUCAGUACCUACUUUAAAUUGGAUGCAAAGCUCAAGACUAUCGAAGCAUCUGUGUUUGUUGACAUUGCCAAAAACAUGUUGAUCGAAGCUGAAAAGCCAAUUGACGAACAGUUGCAAAUCGAAUUAUUGCAGCUUGAAACAUUCUUGGUCAAAAACAUCCCAUUGGAAUUGAUGGAUUUGAGAAAAGAGAUUAUUAGAUUUGCAUGGAACCACUUUAAGAAUGAAGAUUAUACCUGUCGUCAAAGUGCCUAUGUGUUGGCGUGUAGAUUCAUCGAAGCAUACGACACACCCCAAAAGAUUGUUUUGCAAGUGUAUGUACAGCUACUCAAGGCUUUCCAAGCCGAAGCCAAGGGUCUUGUAAAACAAGCACUUGAUAUCUUGGUGCCUGUCCUUCGUACCAGACUGCCUACACCAACUGGUGACGCUCGAAAUGCCACUUGGAGCAAAUGGACUAAAAAGAUUAUUGUCGAGGAAGGUCACUCAUUGUCGCAGCUCGUACAUAUACUCCAAUUGAUCGUGCGUCACCCUACCAUGUUCUACCCAUCUCGUUCACAGUUUAUUCCACAUAUGGUUAAUAUGCUCCCAAAACUCGGGUUGGGAAUGGCAGGUGAAAACAAGAAAUUGGCAUUAGAUAUUAUUGAAUUGAUUUUGACUUGGGAAAAGUGGAGAUCAAAUAAUAUCAAUGCUCAACAACAUUCAAACUCGUCAUCAUCAACUGCAGUGAUUGUAGCAGGGUCACCAGCUAGUGUAACUGCAGCAACAACAACAACACAAACUGCAUCAACACCAUUGGUAGCUAUGGAUGUAGCUACACCAGGACAGAUUGCUACACCUGUCAAUGAACCAACUCCCACUACACCAGCCAUCCAAAACACCUCCACCUCUACUGCCACUGCUACAAGUGGGACAACUCCUACUGGUGCGACGGGAGACGACGAGUACAGACCACCAUCCAACGUGAUUGAACAUAUCCUUUUGUUCCUUAUUCGUCUUACUACUAUGGUCGAUGCCAAAAACAAUGCCAUUGUUGAAAAGUGCAGUGACUUGCUCAAGCAAGCUUUGGUUGCAUGGCCCGAGGUAGUCAUCAAAUACAGCGCCUUUGAAAAGCCGUUGAAUAGUGACCAACCUCCCAUCCUCACAACUACCGUCCAAAUCCUCAACAUUGUACUAGAGACACAGGCAUCUACGUUUAUCCCCGCCAACCUUGCCAACCUCCAGACGGGCUUGGUUCCAUCGCUCAACCUCGACAAUCCGCGUGUUGCACAACUGCUCUGUCAAACAUUCAAGCAUGUCAUGGCGAUAUUCCCACCAAACAACAAGGAUGCUUGGCCAGCUGGCACCAACGCCAACAACGAGGUGACUACCUUUUACCAGACCAUCUCGCAAACUGUCGGACAAAUCCUCGACAACUUUGAGAAGAAUUUCAACUUUUCAAUCUUGUCUAUUGUCCAAUUGUUCAAGGACGAGAAUUUGGAUUGGGUCGACGGAUACCUACCAGCGAUCAUAAAGAUGGUUCACAAGUUGAACGGCAACCUUUUGGCACCAAACGAACAGCCUAUUCCACCUGCUGGAGGUGCCAAGCCUGCGGCCACUACACCAGUCGUGCAAGCUCAACCAACACCAGCUGGUGCCAAACAAGCUCCUCAACAACAACAGCAAAUACCAAAGAGACCAGACAAAGAGGUGUCUCAGGCACUCAUCAAAUGCUUCCAUUUGAUCAAGAGUCGUGUGUCCAAGUUAUCAGCAGACAGCCGUAAACUAUACAUUAGCGCUCUCUAUUUGCUCUGUGACAAGACUGAUAUUGAACUCUUGACCGAGGUAUUGUCGAUUGUCUCUCAACUCAUUGUAUCAAAGGAUUUGCCCAAGGAAAAGGUUUCAUUUAUCCAAAAGAUGGCUAAAUUUGUACAAUUGGACAACAAAGAGUUGACUACUCAAUACUUUGGUUUGAUACACCAGGUGUAUAGUGACUCGUCAUUGGUUCUCAAGAGUGAACUCUCUCAAUUGGAGGGAUCGUUUAUGUUGGGUCUACGUACAAGUGACUCGACCACUCGAAGAACCCUCUUUGACAUAUUACACAAAUCGAUUAGUACUCAACCCUAUCAACGAUUAAACUACAUACUUGGUAUUCAACAAUGGGAUUCAAUUGGUAACAGUUAUUGGAUUCGUCAUGCUUUGGAAUUGUUAUUGGCCAUUUUACCAAUGAACCGACCAAUUGGUUUUUCAAACAAUGUAGCCAAACUUUCAUUAUUUAGAUCAAAAGAUGAAACAAAUAAUAAUAAUAAUAAUAAUGAAUCUUCAUCUAUGCAAGUAGAUAGUGUUGGUGGUACAAUGGAUGCAUUCUCAAUUAAAUUAAAACAACAUGAAGAAUUUAUGAAAGAAUCGACAUUGAAAUGGAAUACAUUUGGUGAAAUGUUUGGAGGGUUGAGAGAAAUACUCUUUACCGAACAACCAUUGUGUCAUGGUAUUUGGGUGUCUACGUUUAGUGCCAUUUGGGCAAGACUACCAAAAGAAGAGCACUACAAGCUCACCAAGACAAUGACGACCCUCUUGACAAAGGAUUACAAAAAGAUUGCCAUCAAUUCUGCAGGUGCACAACAACAGUUGUUGACACAGACCACCAAUCAAAACACACCACCAACUACCACUGAAUCCAACAUUAUUGUCAAAUCGUUGUUGGAUGGUGUUGCCAAAUGCACACCUCCUCUCAAGAUCCCCGUCGAGUUGGUGUCGUAUCUUGGAGACACGUACAAUUGCUACUACACAUCUAUUCGUAUACUAGAAUCUAGCCUGCUCGAAGGUACCAAGGCACCCGAACAAACAGAUGUCGUAUGGGACUGUCUCGGCGGAUUGUACCAAUCGUUGAAUGAACGAGAUGUGCAGUUUGGUCUGUUGAGAAAACGGUUCAACAGCGAUGAGACCAAACUCGGUUUGCUUUUGGAGCAAUUCUACAUGUGGCAAUCGGCACAGGAAGUAUUCUUGGCUGCCAUGAACAAGUACUCUAGCAAUGGUGCCAAGGCUACGACCAAGCAAGAAAAUCUAUUGUGGGAGGACCACUGGAUCGAAUGUGCCAAGCGACUCAACCAAUGGGAUGUACUCGGCGAAUACGCUCGUUCACAAGGCAUGUAUGAUUUGUUGGCCAUGAGUGCGUGGAAGUUGUCUGCUUGGCCACUCAUGAAAGAGGCACUCAACAAGUUGACGGUGCAUGGUGACACGUCGGCACUACGAAAGAUCUUGCAAGGGUACACAUUGAUAUUGGAUAAAAAGUAUCUUGAAGUGGAUCCAAACAUUGUGACGAGCAACCAAUUGAUACUCAGAAAAUGGGUGUCGUUGCCACUGCGAUCGGCCAAGGCCCAUGCACAGGGUCUCAUUGAAAUGCAGCAGGUGGUCGAGUUACAAGAGGCCGUCCAUUUGCUCAAAGAGGUCAGCUUGUCAACUCAACACGCACAAGCUUUGCAAAUCCAACAACAACAACCACAACAGCAACAACAACAACAGCAAAUACAAAACACUCGUAAUCUGUUGAUGAACACAUUGAACGACGUUCGUACCAUCUUUACCAUCUGGAGAGAACGUCUGCCAACCAAAGAUGAAGACGCAGCUGUCUGGAAUGAACUUUUGACAUGGAGACAGCAAGUAUUCCAAAUGAUCGGACAGGGUGUAGAACAUAUCUCUGAAGUGGUCAAUCAACAAUUGGGAUUGACUGGUGCGGCUGUCCCUCCCGCCAAACCAAUUGUCCAACCCGAGACAGCAUGGACCAUGAACAAGUAUGCUCAUAUUGCACGUAAACACAAUAUCGUUGAAGUGUGUCUCAACUCACUCUCUAAAAUGUUCAACCUUCAAAUCGAGGUACAAGAUAUCUUUUUGAAUCUAAAGGAACAGAUCAAGUGUUACUUGCAGUUGCCAACUCACUAUGAGACUGGUAUAUCGAUCAUCAAUGGUACCAAUCUCGACUACUUUAUGCCGUUGCAAAAGAGUGAGUUUUUCCAACUCAAAGGAGAGUUCCAGUCACGUCUUCGCCUCAAUGCCGAUGCCAACGUUAAUUUCUCAACUGCCAUCAGUCUCUAUGACAACUGUGCCAAGAGUUGGAUGAGCUGGGGAUACUAUUGUGACAAUCAGUUUGCCACUGAGACUGACACCCAAACAAAGGCAAAUUGGGCAGAGAGUGCUGUCAAUUGUUACAUCCAAGCUAUUCGAUGCGACCCCAAAUACUCUGCCAAACUAUUACCUCGUGUAUUGUGGAUACUCUAUCUCAACAACUCUGGUGAAGUUCCUCAACAAUUACCACAACAACCUCCACCUCCACCAGCACAACAAGCUCCAACACAAAAUGCAGAUGGUGCAACAACGACACCACCACCACCAGCACCCGUUGAACCAAAGAAACCAACACCAGCACAAAUGGUACUGUCAACUAUUGAAAAGACAUGGUCUAUCCUCCCACACUGGAUUUGGUUUAAUUUCCUUCCCAUUCUCAUAACUGGUUGUUAUAUGAGUGCCAAAUUCCCAGGAUAUGGAUUCUUGUGUUGGCAAUUGUUUAGUAAGAUAUGCUAUCUCUGUCCAAAUGCAACAUACUAUCAUUUUAGAAAGUUGGUAUCUGAUAUGAAAAACAACCAGAAUAGUCCACACUUUGUACCCAUCAAUCCACCACCAACUGCUGGCAGUUCUUCGUCAACUACGUCUACCAUCUCACUUGGACCACUCAAGAUGGCAGAAACACUUUCAAUGGGAUUACAACCAUACCAUAGUCAAUUGAUUAGUGAAAUCGACGCCAUGCUCAACGGAUUAAUUUGUAUUGCCAACACUGUCCCUGCUAUUCACCACCUUGGUAGCAACUUGCAACAUAUUCUCACUGAGAGUUUUAGAGUCUCUGGAUCGGCAUUGGAUGAAAUCCCCCAAGAAAUCAAGGAUAUGCUUACAACUGUCCACCAACACUAUUUCUUGUCUGCAGACAGAUACCCCAACCAUGCCAUCCUCGUCGACACACUCAAGACACCCUUUGAAAAUGACUUUGGAGUCGUCAUUGGCGUCAAGAUGGAUAGCGGUGAGACCACGUUAAUGUCGCUGAUUGGCAAGCUUAUUGAAUGGGUACAACGUCGAUUCGACCCCGAGUUGUACACUGUCAAGGGCCAGGUGUUUAUGGCCAACAGAGCAGUGCAACUUGAAAAGAUUGUCCCGCAACUCGAGGAAUUUAGACCGAGUAUGGUCGACCUGCCCACACACCUCUCGACCAUUGCCAAGGACCCAUCACACUAUGCCCACAAUGUAAGAAUCGACAAGAUUGGCUCGAUUGUUACUAUGGUCAAGAAUUCAAUUGGCAUGUUGUGUCCUCGUAUUACGUUGCAUGCAAACAAUGGAAAGGAGUAUUCGUAUCUCAUUGACAUUACGCCACAACUCUUUUCGUCAAAGACUGGAGCCCGUGACUUUGAAAGACGAAACCAUCUCUUGUCGUCGGUCAACACCAUCCUUUUGAAGCAUCGCGAAACUCGUAGAAGAGCCAUCAACUUGAACCACUACCCAACCACCAUCUCGAUCACUCCAUCACUCACAUUGAUCCAAUCACUUGGCAGUCGAGAAUACAAUUCUCUCUUGGAUGUAUGGUCGACUAUGCAACCGGAAACUGAACUAUACACUCCUUUGGUCAUGUUUAGAAACAAAUUACUCGGACAACAACAAUCUGUCGCCACCUCUCCAACUAAUACCUCAACCACCUCCACCACGUCAAACUCUGGUGAAUCAACUACCUCUACUCCACCCAAAUCACAUCACAAACAACCAACCAAAUUACAAUCGUUUAGAGAGAUUUCAAAGUUUAUGACCGACGGUCUUUUGAGCUCGUUUAUCAAUCGUACACUCCUCAACUACCAAGAACAAUACGAAUUUAAAUUUAAUUUUGCAGUUCAAUGGGGUCUCCAUUCCAUGCUCUCCUAUGUCUUGUUUAGUCGAGUUGCCAGUCUCUCACCAUCUGACAUUUUCUUUUCAAGAUCAAGUGGGUCAGUCUAUUUUGGUAAAUGGGCUCCACUCGACUUUGCCAAUGAUGCCUCUAUGGAAUUCUCUGAAAAUGGUGUGGUACCAUUUAGAUUGACUCAAAAUAUUAGAUCCUAUCUCAAUCCAGUAUUUAUUGAAGGAAGUUAUCAAAGCUCUCUUUUAUCAACUUCAAUUUGUUUCUCUGAAAUGAAGGAUCAACUUGUAAAUUUAUUAUAUAUAUUUAGUUUUGAUGAAAUGUGUUGGAAUAUUGUUGAACCUACCAACAAAUCACAACAUAUUCAUAGAGAAAUUGUUGAAAGAACAACAAAGAUUGUCGACAAGAUGGUAUCAACAAGAAUCAAUUCUAUUACACCACCCAUACAACCCGAUAAAACACUUUUCCUCACUCCAAUCAUUAAAAGAGUUGGUGAAUUAAUUCAACUAUCAUCAAACUCUUCAAAUAUUAGUCAAAUGGAAUCUAUAAGUUAUCCAUGGCUAUAA